AUGACCUUAUCUUUCUUUUCACUUAUAACGACUAAACACAUUAGACACACGCACUGUUUUGUAAAGAGCUUUUCGUUCUGGAGUCUUUUUGCACCUGCAGGAUUACUAUGCGUCAGACAGAUGGUGGUUUUCCGGGAAUUAAACAUCCGCCCAAAUAAGUUGUCUUACGCAUUAGGAGCGUCUGGUUUGGGCCUUUUGACACCACAGCUGUGUCUUAUCUGUCGCUUGUAUUUGCUCUGAAAGAGGAAAUGAUGCAGAAAGCGCCAUAGGUGGGUCUCAGUUUGCCCCUCCUCUUUUAAAUCCCGACCCGGGACUUCAGUAGAUCACUUUGAAGUGAGCGGUGAGGAGGGUCAGGCCACGAGUGAACCGUCAGCGCCAUGGAGGAAUCAACCGACAGACCCAUCAAGAAAAAAGUUGUAGCAGUAGUGGGCGGUGGUUUGGUUGGGGCACUGAAUGCCUGCUUCUUUGCCAAAAGAGGCUUUGAUGUGCAAGUGUUCGAAACUCGGGAAGAUAUCCGGAAAGCCAAAAUUGUGAAGGGGAGAAGCAUCAACCUGGCGUUGUCUCACAGGGGUCGGCAAGCACUCGAACAUGUUGGAAUGCAGGAGAAGAUUGUCUCCCAGGGAAUCCCCAUGCAUGCCAGAAUGAUCCAUUCCUUGAGUGGGAAACAGUCCCCGAUCCCUUAUGGCAAGAAAGGCCAGUACAUCCUGUCAGUAGACCGAGCCAAUCUGAACAAAGAGCUGCUAACAGAGGCAGAGACGUAUCCAAACACAAAGCUGAACUUUGACUACAAGCUGCAGGACUGGAGUGCUGAGACAGGGCUAAUGACCUUUGUCAGGUCGGAUGGGUCCGAGGAGCAGAUCGUGGCAGACCUGAUCGUAGGCUGUGAUGGAGCGUUCUCCGCCAUCCGCAAGCAAUUCCUCCGCCGCAGCCGCUUCAACUACAGCCAGACCUACAUCCCCCACGGCUACAUGGAGCUCACCAUGCCACCCAUCAAUGGAGAGUUUGCCAUGAAGCCUAAUUAUCUGCACAUCUGGCCACGAAACACAUUCAUGAUGAUCGCUCUGCCCAACUUGGACAAGACAUUUACCUGCACCCUCUUCAUGCCCUUUGAAGAGUUCGAGAAGAUCACCACCGGAGAUGAAGUCAUCGAGUUUUUCCAGAAGUACUUCCCUGACACCAUACCACUAAUAGGAGUUGAUGCUCUCAAGAGGGAUUAUUUCCGACUGCCUGGGCAGGCCAUGGUGUCUGUCAAGUGCACCCCAUAUCACAUUGGCGACAAAUGCGUCCUCAUGGGCGAUGCAGCCCACGCAGUGGUUCCUUUCUAUGGGCAGGGGAUGAACGCCGGCUUUGAGGACUGCAUUGUCUUUGAAGAAAUAAUGGAACAGUUCAAUGAGGAUUUCAGUGCUGUACUGCCUGAGUACACCAGAGUGCGAGUUCCAGACGACCACGCGAUUGCAGACCUGGCCAUGUACAACUACAUUGAAAUGAGAGCACAUGUCAACUCCAGAUGGUUCCUUUUCAGAAAAUAUGUUGACAACUUCCUCCACUACCUCAUGCCAAAGACAAUAAUUCCACUUUACACAAUGGUCACUUUCACUCGGAUAAGGUACCACGAGGCUGUGGAGCGCUGGCACUGGCAAGACAAAGUGAUAAACCGCGGCCUGCUGGUUUGUGCUACCGGAGCAGUUUUGGGAGGCUCCUACUUGCUCAUCAAAACUCCUCCUGAUAUCAACAAGCUCAUCAUCCCGGCUGAGAGAAUUUGGAACAGGAUCAUGGCCCUCAAGACCCCGUGAGCACCGUCUCUGCUCUGACGGACGAGUGCAAAGACUGGAGCGUCAAACACUAGAAUGAACUGAGUCCAGAUAUUAAUUAGAGUUUGAUUGAACCCUUUAAUUAACUUAAUGAAGGCUCUGCCAGGCAAACUACUGUGCUAUUAUAAUAAUUGCCCUAACUUAUACCAGUCAUAAUGAUUGAUAAUAACAUUCCACCAGUGUUUAACUGUUAAUGGUUUGACUGAAGUUACUGCCAGAUUUUUAUUAUGUCUUUAGCUCCGUUACUACUAUAGGAUGAGGGAUGUUUGGGACAAUAUCAGAUCAUUGACAUAUCAUCACCAUCACUGAUGCCACUUUCAUACCAGACAUGAAACUACAGCCAGCAGGCCGUUAGCUUAGCUUGGCAUAAAAACUGGAGACAGCUAGCCUGGCUGCAAAUGUAAAGUAAAUAUCUAGCUGGCAGUGCUUCUAAAGUGUGAUAAUUAACAUGUUAUACGUCUUUUGUGUAAUCUUUAUAAAAACCGAAGUGUAAAAAGACAGGUUGUGGUUUUGCUGAGGGUUUUGUGUUGAGUUUUUGUGUGGGUUUAACAAGCAAGAUGAACAAGUUUUAGGAUUAGGGACUGGAGCAUGCUGGUUCAUUUGCAUACUUUAAUCGUGCAAACAGAUCCUGAAGAUGCACUUAAAAAACAGGAGUCCCCGUGCAUCUCCCAGCAAUGUGCAGCCCAUAAGUACUUGAAAGCUGCAAAUCAAUCAAACGUUUGCUGUUCUCGAACUGAGAAGUGCCUGAUUUAGCUGCAUACUGCUGCCAGAUGUGUGGAGACCCCUGCUUCACAGCCAGGCUAGCUGUUUCCUGUCUUUAUGCUAAGCUUAGUGAAACAUCUGGCUAUACUGCAGCCUCACAUUUAGCAAACAGAUGUGAGAGUCGUAUAAAUCAUCCGAUCUAACUCUUGGAAGCAAACAAGCGCAUUUUCCACAUGUCAAACUAUUAUUUGAAAUGAACAAUAUAAAAACAAAGACCGCUCAGUCACUCACUCACACAUCCUCAAUGAAUAAGGGUUUUAUCAGCUAUGGAAAUCCAUUCAUCAAGGCUAUUCAUAGCUGACAGCCCAGGAGGUUAUGAAAGGAGAGUCUCACUGGAGCACACUGAGGUCCCAGUCUCAUCUCCUCUUAUCUAAUUACACUCCUGUAGUCCUCAUACAUAUAAAUCCACCAAAAGUCAUUUCACAGUGACUGCUCUGGUCACACGGGAGAUUUAGAUUGAAAUAAGACAAGGUACACAAGCCAGAUAGAUUAAAAUAGGAUCUCUUUAUUGAGUCCAUACACAAUAAUGUCAGUUUGUGUAUAAUGGUUUAUGGCUAAGGAGCUAAGGCUUAUUUUCCAUUUUACACACUUGCAGUUGGGUACCAACCAAAAAAAUAUGCUAUCACUUGUUGAUCCAUACUCAGGUCCAUAACGCUGCUGGCCUUUAAAUACUCAAUACA